AUGAAGAACAGCCGUUUAGAAUCAUCAACAUCACUGAAGUAUGAAGAAUUAAAACUCUAUACAGGGUGGAUCACCGAAAAUGACAACGCAGAAACACUCUGCAUAAUGCUUCCAGGUUUCAGCAAGGAGCUGAUACUGGAGGUACAGAUCGACCACCGUGGCAACAAAGUAAGAACAAGCGGCCAACGAACCCUCGACGACCGGCGCACGCAUUGGCGACGCUUCCAAACAGAACACUACAUCCCCAAUGGCUACGACAUGAGAGGCAUCCGAGCACGUUUCAGCGAUGAUACUCUCUACGUCACCUUUCCCAAGCUCGACACAGAGCAGCCAAAGCCGCCGUCCCCGACUCCAACGAUGCCGGAGAAGAAGCAAGAGCUUGAAAUGAAACCGAAGGAAGAGAAAGAGGAGGAGGUGGUGGUAGGGAGGCAAAGUCAGCUGGUGGUGAACAUUAUUGUGGCUGUGACAGUUCUUGUCAUCAUUGGGAU